CGUGACUAUGUUCGGCGCCCUCACGGUCCACCUCUGCUCGUGGCUCUAACGCCUGUGCGGGGGAGGAGGCCUGCCCCAUGUCCUGCCGCCCGUUCCUGGGCAGCGCCGGCCGAGCUCACGGUGGAGUCUCCACAGGGAAGAGAUGCCCCUUGAAGGCCGGGACCGAGAGGAGGGCAGCCGGCCCCGGGCUCACGAGGACUCGGGGCCUCCGCCGGGACCCUCCUGCGUUCAGUGCCCGUCUCCUUGCACGGCAGGCGUUAGCCGAGCUGAUGACCCUGAAUCUUCUUUGGCCCCCAGAAGGGUCUCGAGGGGCCGUCCUGCUGGCCUUGGCAGCCCGGGGCUCCGUGACCUUCAGGGACGUGGCCGUGGACUUCUCCGGGGACGAGUGGGGCUUCCUGAGCCCGGCCCAGAGGGAGCUCUACUGGGACGUGAUGCUGGAGAACUUCAAGAACCUGCUCUUUCUGGGGCUUCUGGAUCCUGAGCCAAACCUGCUUUCCUGUUCGGAAGGAAGGGAAGAUCUACAGAUAUGGCAUCUACAGGGAGGUGUCCUGGGAAGCACUUGUUCUUGUAAAGCAUGGUGUUCCAACAGGCGAAACGGAGCUGGUGCAUGGGCCCAUCCAGCUGCUCAUAUGGGAGUGGAGAUUGGCAGGAGACCUCAGAAGCCAUCUAACCACACUUGGCCUAGAUGUCCCACUGCACCACGUCCAACAACCUGGGCCUCUGAACUUGGAAAACGGGAGUCACCUCAAAAUAUUGAUGGAUGUGCAUCUCCAGUAACAGGAGAAAGAUACAGAAGAGAUGUUCUCCAGAAAGAGAUCUUUGUGAAGGGCUUUGUCCAAGGAACUGAGUUAUGGAAGCAAGUGGGAAACAUCUCAAAAGCAACACCAAAGAAAUUCAUUUCUCAGGGAACAAAUCUCAUACAGUUGAAUGCCCUCUCCGAGACAACUUCCACAGGGCAGGGAAGUCUUGACAACCUGAAACAAGCCAUCUGUAAACACUCAGGAUCAUGGAACUAUAAUGAAUGCCAAGUUCUUUCCCAUUGCCACUCGUCCUUUCAUAAGUAUCAACCAGUGCAUAAGGAAAAGGAAUCCAGUAAUUGUGAGGACUGUGCAAUGGCAUUCAGCAACAACUCAGAUAUAACUAGAUAUCAGAGAAUUCACACUACAGAGAAGGAAUAUUGGAAGGCCUUCAACUGUAGCUCAGCCUAUACCAAAUGUGAGAAUAUUGACAGUGGAGAGAAACUUUACAAAUGUAAAGAAUGUUGGAAGGCUUUAAGACAGAAUUCAGCAUUCAUUAAAUGUCAUGGAGUUCACACUGGAGAGAGAUGUGGAAAGGUUUUCAACCAGAGCUCAAGCCUCACUCAACAUCAUAGAAUUCACACAAAAGAGAAACCUCAUGAAUAUAAGGCUCAUGGGGAAGUCUUUAGUCAGAAUGUGAUCUUCACUGAACAUGAAAUAAUGCAUAGUGGGAAAAAAAUUAAUGAAUGCAAGGAAUGUGGGAAGACAUUUAGUAGAAACUCAUCCCUUAUUCAACAUCAGAGAAUUCAUACUGGAGAAAAGCCCUACAUAUGUAAGGAGUGUGGAAAAGCUUUCAGGCAAUAUUCACAUGUGAUUCAACAUCAGAGAAUUCAUACUGGAGAGAAACCCUAUGUAUGCCAGCAAUGUGGAAAUGCCUUCAGCUGGAGCUCAGCUUUUACUGAGCACCAGAGAAUUCACACUGGAGAGAAGCCUUAUAAAUGUAAGGAAUGUGGAAAGGCCUUUAGGCAACAUUCACAUGUUAUUCAACAUCAGAGAACUCAUUCUGGAGAGAAACGAUAUAAAUGUAAGGAAUGCGGGAAAGCCUUCAGGAACAGCUCAGACCUUAUUAAACACAAAAUCAUUCAUAGUGGAGAAAAACCUUAUGCAUGUAAAGAAUGUGGGAAGUUCUUUAGGCAGAACUCGCAUCUUACUCAACACAAGAAAAUUCACACUAGAAUGAAACUUUAUGAAUCUAAGGCAAGGGGCAAGCCUUUCAAUCACAACCCAAACCUUAUUAAACAUGAAGUAACUUAUAAAGAAAAGUUACCUUUUGAUUGUAAAAAAUGUGGGAAGGCCUUCAGACAUAACUCGCAACUUAUUGGACACUUGAGAAUUCACACUGGAGAGAAACCUUUUGAAUGUAAGGAAUGUAGAAAGGCCUUCCGCUUGAAUGCAACUCUUACUGAACAUCAGAGAAUUCAUACUGGAGAGAAACCUUAUGAAUGUAAGGAAUGUGGGAAAGCCUUCAGCCAGAAUUCAAGUCUUACUAAACACCAGAGAAUUCACACUGGAGAGAAACCUUACGAAUGCAAGGAAUGUGGAAAAACCUUCAGGAAUAAAUCAAACCUUAUUAAGCAUAAAAUAGUUCAUAGUAGGGAGCGACCUUAUAAAUGUAAGGAAUGUGAGAGUACCUUCAGACAGAAUUCAUAUCUUAUUCAACAUCAAAGAAUUCAUGGCCAAGGACAGUUACAUGGAAAUAAGGAAUGUAAGUAUACCUUCUGUCAGAGUGUAGCCCUUACUGAACAUAAGAAAAUUCCAACUAGUGAUAAACCUUAUAUUUAUCUGAAACAAGGUCUUUAGGGUAAACUCAACCCUUAUCAGAGAAUUCGUAGUGGUGCCCAAACUUGUGAAUAUAAGGAAUUAAUUUGUAAAACCCUUUGAUUAGAUCUCAGUCCAUGACAAACAUGACAAUUCGUACUGGAGGAACAUAUAACCAUAAGGAAUGUGAUUCAGCAUGGGAGAAUUCCCACUAAAGAGAAGUCUUACAGAUUUGGCCAGCUUUAAUAUACCUCUGUAAUAAAUCAUAUCUUUCAUUAAAUGUCACUAAUACACAA